UUAAUGCGCAGGCGUCAGUCGGUAUUUGAAACCCCAUGCAGCUUUGCUUAGAAAGAGCUGUGCUGAAAAUACUACAGAAUCGGUCUUCUGUCUUCAAUAAUGAUAUACAGCCUAUGCAGAUGGGGAUACAUUUUGAGCAAUCAUUGGCAUAAUUAGUCUAAACGUGUGACGUGGGCUGUUAUCGUGUUGUGCUCGAGGUCUGCACCUGUUCACUAGGACACUGAAGCCCCCGUGAAGGCUGGUUUAGCAGUUACUAGGAGUUAUGCCAUCUAGACCCGUGAACGGCUUUUGUUCAGACCAGUGAUAUUCGGUGAAGAAGGCAAGAAGCUGUAGCCAAGUCAUAGUGUGGAGUUCCAACUGCGAUGUUCGGCCAGUCACCUCACGUUCUUGGAGGCAUCUUGUGGAUUCAGAAUCCAAUGAGAGCUGUCCACUGCAACCUGAGCCAGAAUGGGAUCGACCACCAGAUGAUGUGCCCGGACGACGUGACCUCACACCUGGAGGAGCAGCCCCUGGACCAAGGCGCCGUGCUGGACGACGACAGCCCCACCUAUCAGGACGUGAGCCCCGGGUACCAGCGCCACUCACUGCCCCAGCGCUCCGUCUCCGAGUCAGAACUCUCCCGGCCGGGGAAUGUAAAGCUGUCCAAGCCAGUGGUCCUGUGGACCCAGCAGGACGUGUGCAAGUGGCUGAAGAAGCACUGCCCCAAGCAGCACCAGAUCUACAGUGACUCCUUCAAGCAGCAUGACAUCACAGGGCGGGCUCUGAUGAGAUUGACAGACAGGAAGCUGGAGCGAAUGGGCAUCAUGCAGGAGGGCCAACGGCAGUACAUCCUCCAGCAGGUCCUGCAGCUCCGCGUCAGAGAAGAGGUCCGCACCCUGCAGCUACUCACGCAAGCCUCUCUGGAGGGAUCUCCGUAGCCCAGGCGUUCUUGGAAACCAGCUGCCAACAGACCCUUGACCUCCUCCAACCACCAAUCAAAGCCGUCCUAACCCCAAUCUCAUACCUAACUCCAAUCUUAAUCCUAACCUUGAUUUUAACCCCAUGCUUAAUUUCAAACCUUCAAACAAGUCAAGUCAUUGGCCUGUCCAGUGACUUAUCACAGACAGACAAUCAUUUUCUUGCCUUUUAACCAAGAGUUUCCACUACAUUUGUCCCUAUCCCAUCCCAACUCUCUUACCCCUUCUGAAUUACCACCAGGGCUCUAUUCUGAGAACAAGCAUCAAAAAUGUAUCCAUCCUCAACUGACGAUCCCACUACAAGGACUGUGGAGAACAAUGAGAAAACAAACACGUCAAAGAUGGCGUCCACUUCCAACAACCUUCUCACUGUAUAGUAAAUCCUCCAGUGUAGAACAGACCUUAAGUGUGAAUAGUACCCCCACGAUACACCACCGAGCAGGUGUGUGUAUAACAUUCUAUUGACUUCUAAUGGUGACUUUAGAGACAUUGGGUACACCAGCCUUCCUCUCUCUCGGUCCUCACUGACUAUAUCGCCAGAGCAGUGAGAGGGUGCUACAUUUUGCAUUCCCUUCCCCUCUCUGUCCCUCUUUUUCUGACUGUUGUCUGCAUUGAUUCUGUACCCUGUCAGAGUUUGGGCUUGCCUGGUGAAAAUGACAUCUGUUGUCCCGUCUGUCUUUUCCUCGCACCUUUCCCCUCCUUCACUCUGUGGGUCGCUUUCUCAGCGAGGUCAGUAAGCCUUCACUGUGAAUACGUCCAGGUGUGGCAUGAAGCGGUAGAACCUGGCAAACCAAAAGGUACUAAAUGUGAUGGUGAAAAGACCUGGCAACCCAUUAAGGAUGGAAUGUGAUAGUGAAAAGACCUGGCAACCUAUUAAGGAUGGAAUGUGAUAGUGAAAAGACCUGGCAACCCAUUAAGGAUGGAAUGUGAUAGUGAAAAGACCUGGCAACCCAUUAAGGAUGGAAUGUGAUAGUGAAAAGACCUGGCAACCCAUUAAGGAGGAAAUGUGAUAGUGAAAAGACCUGGCAACAUAAAUGGAACACGGUAUGGUAUUGCGAGGACCUGGCUAAAGUGCUUUUGAGCCAGGGAAAAUGAAAUGACGGAUAACUUACAUGGGACAAUUGGUUGGUUGAGGAUAUGGUUGAGGGAGAGAACGAGGCAAGUGCUUCUCUACUGAUGAUGAUGAAGAAGAAGAAAAAGAUUCUCUCACAUAUCUCACUGCUUGAGACUAUUUUUAGAUAUGAGGUAUAUUGAAAAUAGUGUAGAAAGGAAAAUGUACCGUGGGCAAAAUAAAACAAAUCAUCCAAUAUCUGUCAAGUCUCAGAGAGAGACGUGGUAUGUAAAUCUCUCGGGUACUGUUUUUAUGAGAAACUAACUCUUUGCUGUGACUGUUCAUGUGAAAUGGCCAUUCACUGGUGAUAUAAAGGCAUUUUACCGGUUAUGCCAACAAACCUGUUGCUUGGGCCAUCGUGACCUAUAUGUGUGUUUUCACACCUUGUAGCCAGUAAUGAACUUUAACUAAAGCCAGUAUGCUGGAGUGAUUCCUAUUACCCAUGUAUCACUACCAGUGUAGCAUGACCUAUUGUUACCAUCACAACAACCUCCUCCCUGUGAAUAUGAAUAAAUGGGGAUCGAAAAAAUUGAAAUGGCCACCAAGAAACCAAAGGGGGAGAAUUCCAGCCCUGGAGAGCCUUUGAUUUAGCGGAAUUUAAUUGCAACAUUGGGUCUUGUGUGUUACGAGCGUCCAUUGUUUGGUUUGGAGCUUGCCUUAUGCUCUCUAGUGGUUGGUUGGCCCAGUAGUAGCAGAUUAGUAUUGAUUAAACCUUCAGGACUGCGUUGCCCUCCAGGCCUGGAAUAGCCCAAUCCCUGACAUUGGAGAGGUAAGGAAUGCUGAUACUUGGUCACAUGGGAUGAAGUUGUCCAUAUCAAAAUACAAGUGGCUAUUUCAUGCUUCGGUGGAGCUCUGGUGUCAGUGUCUAUCUUGGACUGUGUGGGCUGCCUGCCCUGCCUGGCUGCUUCCAGUCUAGAAGGCUGGCGCUCUGAUUUCACAUCAUCUGGAUGUCAAUAGCCAAACUGGGAGGAGCGGUCUACAGAGUUAACACAAGGCCGUGUUUUGUUGAGGACAGUAUUGUAUUCAGUGUUUGGGGAAAUACCCUCCUGCAACUGUAACAUGUCAGGAUGGAGCAGCCCCACCAUAACUUGGCUGGUGGGGUGUUUUGGGGAAGGGAAGUAUGAUUACUUUGUGUGCCGUAGCCAACCAUGUGACUUUCAAGGCAUUUCGAACCUGGGUCGUGUUCAUUAGGGAAUACCAUAACAAAACGUUUUGCAACAGAAAACAAAAACGAUCGUUUCUUAUUGGACGAGUCCAGGUAGUCCCUCCCUGUUUGUCUGUUUUCUCCUGUUUGGUUCCUAAUGAACCCGACCCUGCCAGCUCUGCCAAGGUGCCCGAGGACUUGCCUGAACUGGCUCUUUCCACAAUCUCCUGAUUUUAUUUUUUUAGGCAUUUGGAAUUUUUUCAUUGGCACUUUACUAGUACACUGUUACACACAAUAAACCUUCUACUGAGCUUCACUUUCUUAUUGCACAAGAAAAACAUGCAUGCAAAUAGAAGCAGACAUACAAGGAAUUGUGUCACUACACAUAGUCAGACAUUACAUUCACAGGUGUAUAUGCAUCCAUCACGUUCUCAUUAUUCAUGAGUCAUUCAGUAUCGUGGUAGCAUCCACAUUAGUGUAGAAGUGUUCUUAUUUACAUUUUUAUUCAACUAGGCAAGUCAGUUAAGAACAAUGACGGCCUACACCGGCCAAACCCGGGCUGGGCCAAUUGUGCAGCGCCCUUUGGGACUCCCAAUCACGGCCGGUCGUGAUACAGCCUGGAUUCGAACCAGGGUGUCUGACGCCUCAGGCACUGAGAUGCAGUGCCUUAGAACGCUGCGCCACUCAGGAGCCAAUAAAAGUGACUCAAAUAUUGACGUAAUACAUUAUUUACCAUUUAUUUCUAUUGGGCCGAAAAUGAUCUGAAACGCAACUACAACAAACAGUAAAUGCAUCCAACAAGUUUCUAGUCACAAGCUUGACGUAGUCAUUGUGUGCUAGAAAUAUGGGACCAAAUACGAAACAUUUAAGUGAAUUUGUCCCAAUACCUUAGUCCCCCCAUUUUAGGGGACCAAUGAACAAAAAGUGGUGUAAUUUCUAAACAGUUCACCCGGAUGAAAAUACCCUCAAAUUAAAGCUGACAGUCUGCACUUUAAUCAUUUAAAUCCAAAGUGCUGGAAUACGGAGCCAAGAAAACAACAAAAUUGUCACUGUCCCAAUACUUUUGGUGCUCACUGUAUUUGGAAAGGCAAUAGGGACUGUCUAAUUUUAUUUAUUUUUUGUGUUUUUUUUUACAAUAUUGCAGAGAAUGGAGUUGGGUUACUUCUAAGUAACUUUGGGUUGCUUAGAUUUAGAUUUUGUUUAGGUGUGGAUUGAGACCUAUACGUUCAUAUCCGUUGUGUUACUCCCUUGUAUUCACCAUUCCUUAUUUCUUUUGUGGAUAGUUUCUGUGAACCAAUGGAAAGGCUACAAAACAAUGAGCAAACCAGAUUUUGUAUUGAAUACAUGGACUUGGAUUGUGAUGAUACCGAUGAAUGAAUCCUGCACACAAUGUUCUUUAUUUUAUAUUUUUAUCAGGAAUAAUGUUUGACUUGACGUGUAUGAAAUUGUUUGAUCAAAUAUGCAUAAAAGGAGAGUAGUUCUGCA